AUGGAAAUAACUAAAGUUCCGUCGUUCGAAAGUCUUGAUCUUGCAGAAGAACAACGUUCGAAUAAAAUAUUCUCUUCAAUAUUGAAAACACUACUAGUUAAUGGGAACAGAUAUAUGACCGCAAAGGAAAUAAGGGGAUCCACGAGCAUGGAUUUACGAGACUUGGCAAUUUCCACAGCAUUAUCAAAAAAGCGCCCAAAUCCAAUUGAAAAGCGCAAAAUGGAAUCAAAUGGAAUAGGUUAUCGAAUUUCCAGAGGUUUGUUUCCUCAAAAUUCCUACAUUCUUUCAUUGAUGGAAUUGGAUCCUCCGGAUCCCCCCGGAAAUAAUAAGAAAAAAGCUCCAGUGAAAAAAUCAAAAGUCAAGUCAGCUAAAGUUACUACUAGUCGAAAGAAAACGAAAAAGCCAAUAUCAAAAGUGACCACAAGGGCCAAGUCUGGAAAUGUUAUACCUAAGAAAAGAUCAGGCCAAAAGUAUGCCAGUAUCCGAGCAGUAUUUGAUUACGCGACUGAUAAUGAUUCUGACUCACCAGAAGAGAGAAUUUCAAAAAAGAGAGGUGUAAAAGUUCAUGCGUCAAAUGAUUCUAGUCCUACAAACAGUGAUUCAGACUCAACCGAAGAUUUUUCGUCAGCACAAACACCUCCAAGAGAAUCUAAUAUUAUUUUGAAUGAAAUCGAUGCGCACAACUCAUCAUUGUUAAUAACGAACGAACCAUCGGACUUUAAUGUUGAUCGUUCAAUUGGACCUGCAUCGUUUGCUAUUGCUCAGGAGACAGGCUAUUCUUAUCCUCGAUUUAGAAGCAGUCCUAGAAUGAGAUAUGCAAAGGCCAAAUGUGAAGACGCAUUUUGUGUUCGAGACCUUUAUCGCCUGGAUGGUUCUUUCUUGGGAAGAUUAUUUUGUCUAGCGGAUGGACAUGGGGGCUCGGAGUGCUCUGCAUUUUUAACGACUCGAGUCCCGAAUUGCGUAGAAAAUAUGCUUCGUCUUUACGAGCCUGCACAAUUAGACAACGACCAUACCAAAGAGAAGUUUAAGCGAGAUAUGACCAUGCUCAUUAGGCACCUUGAUGAUGAAUAUUUAAAUGCUAAGAGAGAAGAGUAUCGGCAUUGGCAGGCCCGUAACGGUUUGGUAGAACCAAUUGAUGACGGAGCAACGCUGGUCAUUAAUUUAUUUUUUGGAGAAUGGUUCGUUAAUAUAAAUGUUGGAGAUUCACGCACCAUUCUUGCGAGUAAAACUAAUGACAAGUGGAUUGUUGAUUUUGCAAGCGAAGAUCAUAAGCCUUUUCUUGAACGCCUUGCUGUGCAAAUCUUUUCUAACGGUGGACUUUUUGUGGACAGCCAGGACAAGCCAAUAAGAUUUGAUCCUUCGCCUCAAGAUCGCCCCAUUCGAACGAAUUUAAAAAGCGCGCGUAUUAGAUUACAAAAUGCUGAUAAUGACCUUGGAGUCCCUUAUAAAAAUAAUAAUGGGAAUAACUGGUCUCUCAACGUAGCCGCCACCUGCGGAGACUUACUUUUCAAAUUAGAUCCUUCUAAGCCUGUAAUAAACUGUGUGCCGGAUAUCUACUUUAAUAAGCUUGGUACAUUUUCGAAUCGCACUGGCAGACAAUUUAUACUGAUGAGCACCGAUGGAUUAUUUGAUCAUUUGUAUCUUUCCAAGGCCGAUAUGCAAAAUCAA